AUGAGUUCGUUUAGGAUGUGUGUUGCUAAGUGUGGUGUGGUGGAUCUUCCCUCUAUGGGAUGUUAUUUCACUUGGAAUAAUAAGCAGCAAGGGGAAGGAAGAGUGUUCAGUAAAAUUGAUAGAGUUAUGGGCAAUGCUAGGUGGAUGGAUAGGUUUUCUGCUAUGGAGGUGGUAUUCUUACUUGAGGGUUUGUUUGACCACUCCCCUGUGAUUAUGAGAUCCCAUGAUGAAAUAAAAGGGAAUGCUCCAUUCAAAUACUUUAUAAUUUGGUGUCAGGCUCCUGAUCUCAUGCAUAGAGUUAGAAGUGGUUGGCAAACAAAUGUACAAGGGUCGGCCAUGUUGCAGCUUGUGAAGAAAUUAAAAAAUCUGAAAGCAGAGCUGAAGUGCUCAAGUAGGGUUGGAGUUAGUAACCUGCAGAUUGCUGACAGUUUGGCUUUGAAAAUGCUUGAGCAGUGUUAA